CAUAUCAGAGAUCCUUUGUUCCAUUAGGUAUAAAGUAAUUGUAAUCCGGGAACAUUGAAUCACAAUUGGUUUACAUUUUGUUUCAACAAUCAACAAUAAUAUUGCAACAAUGAUUUACUUAUUUCUUUUGUUAGCUUUAAUAAACACUUCGUUUGCUGGAGAAGUCAAUUUCGAUGUUUGCUCCGAUGAUUUGCAUGGUCCAACAAAGGUCGAUGUAGUAGGAUGUGAAGCUGACGAUUGUACACUUUACAAGGGAAAAGAUGUUACAUUUGAGGCUGACUUCGAAUCUCCCGUUGAUACAGAUGAUUUAACUAUUGCGGUUUCUGCUCGUUUGUUUGGUGUAUGGCAACCCUGGGGUAAGGCUCCUGACAAAAUUUGUGGAGUAAACAUUGAAUGUCCAUUGAAGAAAGGUCAAAAAUACACUUACAAAUUCAGCACACCUAUUUUGGCCGAUUAUCCAUCGAUCCGAACUCGAGUCAAGUACAAUUUGAAAACUCCUACAGGCGAAAACAUUAUUUGUUUUACUUUCCCUGUUUCCAUCAAAUAAUCAUGUUAUGAUGUAUUAAACGAUUGACCGACUAGGUUGUUAGUAUCACAUUUACCAAUAAAUGUAAUUAAAUGAAUCAUUCAGCAUAUCAA